AUGACUACACUAUCAACACCCCGCGGCCGCCAGGCCCUCGCCGCUAGCAUUGUUUUUACGGUUCUGGCAACGGUCAUUACCACAGUUCGUAUCUAUACACGUGCAUUUCUAGUCAAACAGAUGGGAGCCGAUGACUAUGUUAUCCUGGUGUCUCUUGCCUUCUCAUGGGUUUUCUUCGGCCUAAUGGUUGGCGAGGCCUACCAUGGCAUGGGCGAGCACUACGCUCUUAUUCCCGCUGCGAUAUAUAAGACUCAAAUGAUCUGCUUCUGGGCAUCUGUUCCCAUUUACCAAACAAGCCUCAUCAGCACAAAGAUGUCAAUCCUUCUCCAAUAUAAACGAGUUUUCUCCACGCCACGCAUGCGCCUAGCCUGUUGGAUCUUAAUUGGUUUCCUCGGUGUCUACGGAACAUGGACCAUUGUCAGCGCCUGGGCCAACUGUGUGCCCUUGGCCAAGUUCUGGGAUCCAACUAUCCCAGGCUUCUGUCUGGACAAGAAAGCCUUGUGGUUCUCCAACUCGGCUAUUCACAUCAUUACCGAUAUUCUCAUCUUGGUAUAUCCCAUGCCUGUACUCAAGUCGCUGCAACUGCCUAGGAAGCAGAAAUUCGCUCUUAUGGCUGUUUUUGCGCUCGGUGGAUUCGUUUUAAUCACCAGUGUUCUUCGUCUCAAAUCUCUUCUGGUCAUCUCCAACUCUACUGAUCCAACUUACGACAACGUCGGUGCCGCAGCCUGGUCCGCCGUCGAAUGCAAUGUGGCAAUCAUCUGUGCUUGUCUCCCAGGAACGCGCGCGUUCCUCUCCCGACUGCUCCCCCACAUCUUCUCAACCCGCAGCAAUGGCUACCGCAGCAAAACCACGCGACCAACACGCACCGGUCGCAGUGCUCUCACCGGCAAUGGAAACACCCAGGUGCUUGCCUCUGUUGUCGGCGGCCGUGACAAGGGCUACGACCACGACCACGACCUCGAGGCUCUGUCUCCGUCGGGUUCUUCUGUCACUAGCUACACGAAGGAAUCGAAGGAGGCUUUCGCUGGCAUUAAGGUGACUACCAAUGUUACGCAAGAGAGAACUUUGCACCCGAAGAUUACUAUUAACGAUGAUACGGAGAGUACGAAGGAGUUGGUGAAGAAGCACAGCUUCUAA